AGUGAAGGCGACGCCAUCGCCAUAUCAACAAGAAUAAGAGAAAUACAUGCAAAUGCUGGAUUUGAAUUGUGCCAGUUUACUUCCAGUUCGCCAACCGUAGCUGACGCCCUGGGCCAACAUGGGGCUGCUAGGAGCAUCGGAUGGGGCGAAGCUGAAGAAAAGAUUCUGGGCAUGUGUUGGCAGCCAGCCACGGACGAUUUCAAAUUCAACAUGAGGUACCACAAAGUACCCCGAUGUGUGCUAAAUUUGGAGCGAGUACCUACGAAGAGGGAAUUCUUGAGCUUGAUCAUGUCAACAUUUGAUCCCUUGGGAUUUCUUAGCUGUCUCAUGAUAACUGGAAAGUUACUUAUGCGUGAGAUCUGGCGACGAAAUGUGCAAUGGGAUGAACCCUUACCAGAUGAGAUCGCCCGCGCCUUUAGUAAAUGGUUUCAGGAUAUGAACAAUGUGGAAGGAUUUCGAAGCUCGCGCCAUUACUUUGGCCCAAUACCCGUGCGGGCAAUACAACUGCACGUUUUUGUCGACGCUAGCCAGUCAGCAUUCGCAGCUGUGGCUUACUUAAGGGUAACCUACGACAACAACGACGUGCGAGUAUGCUUCGUAUGUGCCAAGACGAAAUGUGCCCCAAUGAAAACGAUGUCAAUUCCACGACUGGAAUUGCAAGCUGCUGUGUUAGGAACGAGGCUGAUGGACACUGUCAAAAAGGAGCACAGUAUAGCGAUCAGCGAUGCCAUACUAUGGACUGACUCAAAGACAGUGCUGCGUUGGAUAGGCAGCACCCACCGUCGAUAUAAGCAGUUCGUCGGAAAUCGAGUGGGAGAAAUUUUGGAGUCAACAAAGGUUACCCAAUGGAGAUGGGUACCUACUGCUGAAAAUGCAGCAGACGACGCAACGAGGCCGCACUGCCACGUAGACCUCAGCCAACGGUCACGAUGGUUAGACGGGCCAACAUUUUUGCGGCAGCCGGAAAGCAGCUGGCCGCAGCCCGAACCGGGCACCGAACACUCAUCCUGCGAUGAUGAAGAAGAGAUGCCGAGUGAAUUUGCCUUAGUUGCAGCAAAUAACUUUUUCAUUUCAUUUCAGAGAUUCUCUAGCUACAGUCGGCUGGUGAGGACGACGGCUUGGGUUCUAAGGUUCACGCGCUGGUGCCGUGGACAUAGGACUGAACUUGAGAGAUUCGGCCUCACCGCUACGGAAUGUGAGGACGCUGAGAAAUUGCUGAUACGGCGAGCGCAAUGCGAAGCAUUCCCUGACGAGGUUCGAGCCUCGUACAAUGAAGAAUCAGUCGGUCAUCGAAGCGAAAUAAGAGGGCUGGCGCCCUACUUGGAUGACAAUGGAGUCUUGCGUGCGUAUGGCAGGAUCGAUGCCGCACUGUGUAUACCGCAUAGUGCGAGAAGGCCAAUAAUCUUGUCACACCGGCACGCACUGACGGAACUGAUUGUGUAUCACUACCAUGUGAAAAUGAAGCAUCAAAACGUGGAUGCAACGAUGGGCGACAUCAGGACCAGGUUUUGGAUAACAAAGCUGCGUCGAGUGUUGCGUACAGUAAUAUCUGGAUGUAGUGUGUGCAAGCUACAUAGAGCGCAGCCAGCGCCACCUAUAAUGGGUCCUUUGCCAGAGGACAGACUGGAGGCCAAUGGAUGGCCAUUUAAGUUUACGGGUCUGGACUACUUUGGACCACUUCUUGUGACCAACGGACGUCGAAAGGAAAAGAGAUGGGUUGCCUUGUUUACGUGUCUGACAACAAGGGCCAUACACUUGGAGUUGGCACAUGACCUGUCAACUGAUUCCUGCAUAAUCGUGAUCAGGAACUUUCUUUGCCGUCGCGGGCCUGUACUGAGGUUGCGCAGUGACAACGGAAAGAACUUUGUUGGGGCCGAUAGAGAAGCCAAAAGGCUCAUAGAUGUAUUCGAGCCGGAGAAGAUUCAGGGUGAGCUAUCUUCUAGGGGCAUUGAAUGGAUUUUUAACUGCCCAGCGAACCCAGCUGAAGGAGGAGCCUGGGAAAGGAUGGUGCAGUGUGUCAAGAGAGUGCUUCGCCACACAGUAAAGGAGGUGGCACCGAAGCAACAUGUGUUGGAGAGUUUCCUGAUUGAGGCCGAGAAUGUUGUGAAUUCGCGCCCGCUUACUCACUUGCCAGUAUCUGUGGAUCAGGAAGCCCCCCUAACACCGAACGAUCUACUCAAGGGAGUAGCCAAUCUGCCUGACACACCCACUAUUCAUGAGCAGCCGGACGAGAGAUGCGCCACAAGGAGGCAGUGGCGCAUAGCGCGGCUAUUACGAGAUCGUUUUUGGAAGCGGUGGGUCUUGGAGUACCUGCCUACACUUGUGCGACGCGUGAAAUGGUGUGCGCGCGUUGAGCCGAUACGCCAUGGAGAUGUGGUGUUUAUAUGCGACCCAGCCGUGCCACGCAGGGAGUGGCGAAGGGGCAUAGUGGAGGAGCUCUACCCUGGACCAGAUGGAGUACCUCGACGCGCCAGCGUACGCGUAGCGGACGGCAAUCGAGUGCGACUGAUGACUCGUCCCGUGGCUAAACUAGCCAUAUUGGAUGUGAGUGAAGCAGGGCCUUCACGGGGGCGGGGAUGUUGCGGGACGAAUUAAGUUAUCGAUUGUUUAGUAUUAAGUAUAUUCUGAGAGUAUGUAUUUUUGCCCUGUGAAUGUACGGGCACAUUGUAUUUGGCUUGUUGCCGCCAUCACUUAAAUGUUAAGCUCAUUAUUGUCGUGAGUUAGAAGGCCGUAGGAGGGAAGACUGCGAAUAAAACACUUGCACUAGCACGUUUUGCAUUACGCUGUCUCUAUUAACAUCGGAGUAACAUGGCCAGUGGCCAGGCGUAAACCUUGCAGUGUUCAAAUUGCAACUCCACCU